CCUCGCGGACGCGGCGCCGUUACUCGUAGUUGGGCGGCGGCGCAGGCGGCGGCGGCGGCGCAGGCGGCAUAGCGCUCAGCGCACACCUAGCAGCAGCAGUAGCGGCGGUAGCGGAGGCACCCCUGCGGUCACAGCCCCUGCGCUGGUGCAGCCACCUUCGCGCUCUCUGCUCUUCCUCCCUUCGUUCACACCAUGGCUGAUCAGCUGACCGAAGAACAGAUUGCUGAAUUCAAGGAAGCUUUCUCCCUAUUUGACAAAGACGGCGAUGGCACCAUCACAACAAAGGAACUUGGAACUGUCAUGAGGUCAUUGGGUCAGAACCCGACAGAAGCUGAGUUGCAGGAUAUGAUCAAUGAGGUGGACGCUGAUGGUAAUGGCACCAUUGACUUCCCAGAAUUUUUGACUAUGAUGGCUAGGAAAAUGAAAGACACAGACAGCGAAGAAGAAAUCCGCGAGGCAUUCCGAGUCUUUGACAAGGAUGGCAAUGGCUACAUCAGUGCUGCAGAACUACGUCACGUCAUGACAAACUUAGGAGAAAAACUAACAGACGAAGAAGUAGAUGAAAUGAUCAGAGAAGCAGAUAUUGAUGGAGAUGGACAAGUCAACUACGAAGAAUUCGUACAGAUGAUGACUGCAAAAUGAAGACCUACUUUCAACUCCUUUUUCCCCCCUCUAGAAGAAUCAAAUUGAAUCUUUUACUUACCUCUUGCAAAAAAAAAAAAAAAAAAAAAGAAAAAGUUCAUUUACUCAUUCUGUUUCUAUAUAGCAAAACUGAAUGUCAGAAGUACCUUCUGUCCACACACACAAAAAAUCUGCAUGUAUUGGUUGGUGGUCCUGUCCCCUAAAGAUCAAGCUACACAUCAGUUUUCCGAUAUAAAUACUUGUCCUACCUUAAUGAUAAGGAAACACUUAGUGGACUCCUUGCAGGUCCAUUUGCUCAUGAUUAAUACACUGUUUGGGCUGGCCAGUUUUUCAUGCAUGCAGCUUGACAAUUGAGCACAGUCAGGCGUUUGUAUUAAAAACGAAAAAUGAAAAAACAAAUUCAAAACCUACUCAAAGGGGUUCUAGUUCAGUUUGUUAGUAUAAAUUGUCCUAGCUGGUUUACUGAAAACAGACAUGUAAAAUUGGUGCGCCUCAGGAUGCUGUGCAGCGAAAUGGGUGGAGGAUAAACUCCAGGCGUGGCCCCAUUGGCAGGAUGGCCCUCUUGUAACUUCCCUGUGCCCCGACCCACGGUGGCCAUGACACACCCUGGUGGCAUGCCUGCGAGGGUUGGUUUAAGCAUUGUCUGCGUUGUGCUAGAGCGGAAUGGGUGUCAGGCUGUCACCGUUCAUAUCAAUUUUUAAAAAGAAACCUUUAUCAAGGGAGCAUCUUUGGACUCUCUGUUUUUAAAACCUUCUGAACCUUGACUUGGAGCCAGCAGAGUAGGCUGUGGCUGUGGACUUCAGCACAACCAUCAACAUUGCUGUUCAAGAAAUUACAAUUUACGUCCAUUCCAAGUUGUAAAUGCUAGUCUUUUUUUUUUUUUUUUUUUUCCAAUAAAAAGACCAUUAACUUACAGUGGUGUUAAAUGCUUUGUAAAGCUGAGAUCUAAACGGGGACAAGGCAGUUGGAGGGGAGGCCAGUGUACCUUUAAAUGCCCACAGCCCAGCCUUGGGUUUCCUCCCAACAUCCCAGCACCAACCGCUGAGCCUGAGACCUUGCCUAAAGCCAAGCAGAUACUGAUCGCUCCAUCUUAUUUAUGGACAUGUAGGUCUACUUGUAUUUUCAUGGGGGGGGGAGUGAAUCUUGGUAACUUAAUGAUUAUUCAGGCAGUAGAGCUCUUAAUGAAGGAAAAAAACCACUUUCUCUCAAGCAUGUAUUUAGGGGUUCUUAUCAGUUGUGCUGCUGAUGACCUGUUUUAUGUAACUACUUGAGACCAUCUGUGCAAGAGACAUGAUUUAGUGUGUCUGUAAUUCAAUCCUUGCUGUGUGUGGUAGAAGCAGUAGUCAAUUUCUAAGCCAGUCUCUUCAUGCCUAAGACACUACCAGUCACCUUUUGAAUCACAAUUUUUAAUUUAUGAUUAUACUUAACCUUAGACUCCUUUUCAUUUUUUUUUUUUUUAAUUAAGUUGACUUGGCUCUUUUCCCCCAAGUAAAACUAGUGCUAGCCCCCAAGCUUGAAAGUAAAACUCCAGCCCACAGGGAAUUUUGUGUUUCUUGAUAAACCUGUAACCCAAACCAAGAGAUGCUGGUACCUGGUCUUUGCAGUGGGAUUGGUCUGCUUAAAAGUCCCUUUAAAGGCCUGUUGAGUUUAGUGCAGAGCUCUUUUUGAAAUGAAGGCUGGAUGUGCAUUUUUCAGGGUAUUAACUGGUUGUAUCUUAUUAGCCAGGAGAUUUGGGUUUUGAAUGUUUGUGUGGGAGGUUUUAAUUUGCCAGGGAACAGUGGCAGGCUGCUAGUGAGGCAGUGAGAAGCUCUUGGCAGCCAAAUGGGUGCAUCCGGGGCCAAUUUGCAGAGACCCUCGGCUUCUCCCUCUCCUACUCCUUGUCUCUCUGGCAUUUUACAGCUCAUUAGUUUUCGCCAGAGGGGUGGGUCAGAGCAGUGGAGAGGAGCCCACCCACCUGCCUUUGCUGCUGGUCCUUAGACUGAUGGUUGGUGGAGGAGUUGACGUCAUGAGCUAGGCUUGGCUUUUCAUAACUCCCCGAAUCUGGAAGGAACAUCUCCAAAUACCUCGGGGGUUCUUCUGGUGAGAUAGGACUGGCGUUUCUGGUUCUGGUUGGAUGUUUCUUGCAGGGAGAUGAAGUAGCCUGACUGUUGACCCAGUCCUAGGCCUGUGGCCCAUGACCUCUUGGUAGUUUUAAAUAGGGUUGAGGAUUUUGCUUGUUUUUUAAAAACCCUUGCCUUUUGUCUUACCCUUUCACCAUUUUUUUUUUCCUGGAAGCUUGGUGGACUCCAUUUUAGUGGUCCUGCAGUCUUUCCUAAAAACCUACAUUUGUUUUUGGGGAUUUUUUUUUUUUUUUCCACUUUUUAGGGCUGCACGGGCAGCAUAUGGAAGUUCCUAGGCUAGGGGUCGCAUCGGAGCUGCAGCUGCCAGCCUGUGCCACAGCAAUGCCAGAUCUUAGCCGUGUCUGACUAUGCUGCAGCUCAUGGCAACGCCGGAUCCUUAACCCGCUGAGCAAGGCCAGGGAUCGAACCCGCAACCUCAUGGAUACUAGUUGGGUUCAUUACUACCAAGCCACAAUGGGAACUCCCUAAGAGACUACCUGUGAAACCAGAUUCUUGAAUGGCCAGGAUCCUGUAUGGGAACCAGAAGCCUUUCCCCCAGGAGAUGCUAAGUUCCAGUUCUGCACAGAGGGGGACGUCCAGUCCACGGUAGCCUUUCUCUCUGGGCUUUGAGAGGACGACCAGCCCAGGGCUUGGGUGUUUGCAGCCCGUGGGGGUUUGUGAGAGGAGCUAGCUGGAUGCUGUGACAGCAUCUGAAAGUUGGUCAGCACCUUCCUGUAAACUCUCGCCCUACUUCUAACUGCUCUAUCAAUAUAUACAUAUAUUUAUAUCUAUAAAGUGACUAGUUUAACUGGCAUCCCGCUUGAGCCUGAGACUUGCCAUAAAAAACUGCUGAGUACUUGGCACACACUUUCAUAGUUUUGUUCUCCAUCUGUUUGGGGUAGGUGUUGAGCAAGGCAAAUGUAUCUUGAUUUCAGAUGGGCUUUCGAUGCACUGUUGCCAAGGAAGGCUUUUUCUGAUUUUUUGACAAACGAACUUUUGCACACUUUAAUUGAUGUCUUUCGGCAACUUAACGACACAUUGAAAAUUAGCUACUGUACAUAUUUUUAUAUUCUCUUUAUAAAUGCAUGUCUGACUGUACUUGUAACCAUAUUGUAACGCGUGGCCGUCCAGCAGGCCUCGUGCUGCUGUGGCCCGUCGGAGUAGCAGCAUAUUAGCAGCCCCUCAGCAUACUGGGAACUUCUUCCUAAACCAAGAAUGUAAAUUUGGUCAGGUCUGCUCUUCGUUCAUUCAAUUAUUUUAAACAUUUGAAUUAAUUACUGUAUAUCCUGAAAUACAUUUAUCCUUUUGGCAGUGACUCGAUUCCACGAAUGUGUCUUAAUAUCCCUUCAGCUGGCGGUUACUCUUUUCCUUUUCAAUCCCUUGAAGUUGCCCUAUAGGAGACAGAAAUACUUUGCUGUCCGUAUCCCUCGGAGUCUGAAGGUAGUGGCAUGGGUGGAGUGUGUGUUCUUUCUCCAACUCUAUCAUAAUGAUCAUUAAACACGUCUGUAGCAAAGAUGGUGGUAGUUGUUUUGUUCCCGAAGUCACCCUUCACCGUGGCGAUUUGCAAAGGACAUGUACCUGAACGUUGCUGUAAAUCUUGAGAUAAAACUGUUUGGAGAUUUAACCACCUCUCUGAUGGGGGACCAACUCUAUGGAAAUUGUAAAUAAGUUUUAUUUAUAAACCUGGCACUGUAUUCAAUAAACAUUUCUGCAGCCUUUCAUCUCUAA